CUCCUCCGCUCCUCUGGGUGGCAGUGUGAACAAUAGACUGCUUUUCUCGACGUUUCUACACCGCUGAACUCCUCAGCUCUGUGUCGAAGCGAGUUUAACCUGCUUUUCCUGGAUAAACCAACAGGAUUUUGUUCUCUCCACCCAGAAGAUUAAACUCCAGCCAUGGUCUGCAUUCCCUGCAUUGUCAUCCCCGUCCUCCUGUGGGUUUAUAAACGAUUCUUGGAGCCCAUCAUCUACCCCUUUAUCUCCCCGUUCAUCAGCCGCUUCUGGACCAAAAAAGCAGUACAAGAGACAGGAACGGAAACGGGAAAAGGAACAGCCAGCACUAACGGCAAGAUGGAAUGUAACGGAAACGCAAACAUACCAGAGGCAAACGGAGUGACGACGACGGCCUCAGACAAAAAGAUGGACUGACACCUGUAUAAAUCUGUUCAAUGUUUUAUGUGUCUUACUGUAGAUAUUUUAAACACAGAGUGAUGUUUUAGCCAUGUUGUCCUGGUCACAUGACGUUAUUAGGCCUGGUUGGAACACACACACAUAUUUAAUUCACUUUCCAUUGAUGAGCUCUAACUGUGAAUAAGAGAUUCUAAUUUAUUAAUUCAGUUCAUCGCUUGUUCUUCAUUCCCUGAUCAGGCCUGAGUUUCAGAUGACCUGCUUAUCUUUUACUUCUACCUUUACAUAAUAAUGCCUGAGCUAGUGUCAGAAAUAAAUAUUUAUAAAUAAUUAAAUAAAUAAUUUCCUCAAA